AGCAAAGGAAGCGAACAAUAGGCAAUUCACAGACUCCCUCCGCCAUCUGUUCCUUGUGCGAACAGGGCAUGCUACUUAGUACUCACACUCGUCCGGGACCAUCACGAUAAAUACCGCCAUUUGCCUUAUGCAGACGCGGUAAUACUUUCCUCUGCUUUCUCCCUGAAAGACGGGCCAAAUGGACGAGAGAACCACGCCCCUCGCCUCUGAAACAAUGCGGACGCCCCUGACAGAUGCGACAGCGAGGGUAAACAAGUGCCUGACACCGAUUACAGAGCGAGAAGAGCAAAUGAGACAAGCACGGUAUCAGAUGACGUCGCCAGUGCCGAUGUCUAUAGUGACAAGUCCUUUGACCGCGAAAGGGAAUACGGAGAUCACUUGCAGUUCGCCAGUUCCCGAUUCACAGCCCGGAACCAAUCGGAACUCUACAAUAUCGGCUGCAUCAAUCAUCUCGAAUCAAGGGAAAAGAAAAACACACGUGGGACCAUGGCAACUUGGGAAGACUCUCGGCCAGGGGGCAAGUGGUCGUGUGAGGCUGGCGAAACACUCGGUCACAGGGCAGAUGGCAGCGAUCAAGAUUGUAUCGAAGAAGGCAGCAGUAAUGGCGCAGAGUGCGAGCUUGGCGAAAAUGGACAAGAAGGCAGGUCGUUUUGGAGGACUGGGGCCGAGGCAGAUUCCAUCAGGGCUUGAGCGCGAGGUUGUGAUCAUGAAGCUGAUCGAGCACCCAAACGUGAUCAACUUGUACGAUGUGUGGGAGAACCGGGGAGAGCUGUAUCUUGUCCUGGAAUAUGUUGAAGGUGGAGAAUUGUUCCGUUACAUCUCUCGGCACGCACCCCUACCGGAGGAAGAGGCCGUGCGAAUUUUUCGACAGAUUAUUGCUGGACUGGACCAUUGCCACCGUUUCAACAUCUGUCACCGAGAUCUGAAGCCCGAGAACAUCUUGCUAGAUGGACAGUGCAAUGUGAAGCUCGCUGACUUUGGAAUGGCCGCCCUCCAGACCAACCGCGGGCUUGAUACGUCCUGCGGAAGUCCACAUUACGCUGCCCCCGAGGUCGUUGGAGGCAAAAUAUACCAUGGGGACAAAGCAGAUAUAUGGAGCUGCGGCAUCAUCCUGCACGCCUUAUUGACUGGAUACCUACCAUUCGAUGGAGGGGACGUCGACAGCACCCUCAGCCUGGUGAAGCGUGGUGCUUUUCAGAUCCCCAAAUGGGUUAGUCGCGAGGCUGCGGAUCUCAUCAGACGUAUACUGGAGAAAAAUCCGGGGCGUCGGAUUAGCAUGGAAGAGAUUUGGAUGCACCCUCUGCUGACCAAGUACGAAAAGCAUCAUCAAGGGACAGUCAACCAGCAUGUUGGGCCUCCACGACAGCUGUUGCCGCAAGACUGCGGUCCAGUUAUCAAUAAUAGGCACGAUAUUGAUAUCGACCUUCUGAGAAACCUCCAGACACUAUGGCCCGACGCUACGCCGACUGCGAUACUCGAAAGGAUCUUGGAUCCUGCUCCAACUCAAGAGCGGAUGUUUUACAACGCCUUGGUGAACUUCCGAAAUGAACAGCUAGAGAAUUAUCAGGGUCAGACUCUCCAAUACUCGGCCAGCGACUACCACCAUAUUUCGGCGCCCGAGCGUAUCUCGAAUAAAAGAACCAGUCGUGUAAGGACGAAUUCAGCAAAGUGGUCUCAGUUUCCGGCCGUAAAAGAGACAGGUAUAAGAGCCAAGUAUAACGAAGAGCCGAAGUCAUGUGCGACAGUGCGAAGCUACGACCCGUUCAGAUCACCGCAAGAUAAAUACACCAAGAAAGCUAAAUACGCCAAAAUCACCGUCUACCGAAACGGAGUAGUUGAUAAUACUAAAGAAGGACCUUCCGAGACCGUCCGGCCAUCGAAGCCUGUUGAGAAGACUGACACAGAGUACGAAGACCUGGAAUGUCCGCCGAGCUCACCUUUGGUGGUUAUGCGUGACAAGAAGAUGAAGGUCAACUCUGUCAAAUCAUUCCAGUCGAAAGCCUCCCUAUCAGGGUCUCGCCGAGCUUUAUAUGGUACCUCAACCCCUCGUUCUGCCAGUUACAAACGCAACGUAUGUUUCCACCAUACUCGAAAUCGAUCACAAGGAUCUAUGUCAGUCAAACUCAGGGUCGCGAGGGCCAGAGCUCGUGAUCUCAAACUUGAUUCCAGUCAAAGCAGCUUAGUAUCUACAUUCGAGGAUGAUCCAUUCUCCGACGCACAGGAGAGUCCGUCAUUGCCAGCCCAGCCUACCGUUGUACGUGCUGCCGCUGUCACAAUCAAGAAUUGUCCCCAGAUGAAGAAGGUGCGAAACAGCGAUAUCAUCUGGAAAGAUGAUGCGCGGAAAGUGUCCCAUGAGCUCAGUCAGAUAUGCGAGGAGGCUUUUAAUGGCAGCUCCCUCUCAACUAAUUGUACUGCUAGUACGUGUAUUGGUUCCGUGACUCCUGCAACAUCGGUAUCUAUGGCCAGCCCCGAAGCCUCGCACCAGAAGCUUGCUUCCCAUAGCUUGAACUCUUCUAGCACGGGCCCAAAGCCCACGGCUGGAUUAUCGCCAGAGUCCUACACAGCUGCGGAACUCAUUGAAACCCGCCGCAAGUUGUUUGAAUAUUCUCGUCGGGAUGAGCCAAAAAACACUCAGUACCUUAAGCCGAUCAUAGGACACAUAGAUCGUCUGAUUGAGCAAGAUGAAAUGAGGAGACAAGAAAAACUCAAGAAUUGUCGGCACUACCCUAAUCCAAACGGAAACCCAUUUGUCCAACCAUCAGAUGAAAACCAACGAACAUCCAGAGCAUCCGAGAACAAAUGUGUUGCAUCUGACAGUCAAAACAAGGGCAAAUACCACCAGGAUGAUCGUCGGACCGCCUCACAGUCGACCGUUGGAAACAACUCAAGCCGUUCUAGUCGCGAUGGGAAGCGAACAGUCCGCAUGGUCCCCCAGAGUUCCCUGCAGUCUAUUGAGCCCACCAAGGAUUUGAAUCUCCGGGACAACCGCACUGUGCAUCCUCGUGAGAUUCCAGAGAUUUCCGACGUGGACACACCACAGCCCGACAGCGAACCGACUGCACUGCCUACACGUAGAUUCGCCUCUAUCAAUUUUCGUCAAAGUCGGGGUCCCUGGGAACUGGAUCCCAUUGAAGAAAACCCAGGAUCUCCAAGACGGAGCGGGACUCGUGCUUCAGAUAACAAGAAAUGGUCGUGGUUCCAAAAUAGGUCCCAGACAUCGAGUGACAAGGCGACGAGGACUUCUAUCGAUGUUCGGCCCAUACAACCGAGUUCGGCGACCGUUAUCAGACACGAAGUUGGGCCUUCAGGAUCAACCCCGGAGGCCCAGCCAGACUCGAAGAGCCGAAAGCAGCCCUCCAACAAGCCCAAGGGAGGAUUCUUCAGGAGACUUAUCACUCGACGAGCAAGUAAAAACACUCAAAGCCCAGACGCAGGACCUGACGAUCAAGACACAAACCCCUUGCUCCAACGCCCACUUGAAACUGGUCGUAUAUCAGACACAGACUUUGCCGACAAACCUCUACCACGCCCACCACGCAGCGCAAGAAACCAGAACUGGUUCGCUCGGGUCUUCCAAAUCAAGCCCGCUUGUCGAGUAGUAGCACUGAACACAUCUACCACCAAAGCCCGAAAAUUCAUACAUAAGACGCUGCGCGACUGGAAGAAAUGGGGCAUGGAGGAGGUUCACCUCGACAAGGACAAACGCGUCAUUUACGGCAGCGUGGGUGAAGUCAAUUUACUCAAUCUUCGACCGGUCGAAUUCUCUGCUGAGUUCUGCACAUAUCUGGAACAAGGCCGACAAGAGAACCUUAGUCUUGUCCGCUUCAAGCAAGAGCGUGGAGCAGCCUCUUCGUUCAACAAGGUUGUCGACACUCUGUAUCUUCUCAUGAAGGGUCAACAAAUGCUCAUGGAGGAUCCGGCCCGAGCCAAAGAGAUGGUUCGGAUCUUAGACGACUUUCCCAAUUCUUGAAGAUCAACACAACCCUCUCGGCCUCUUCCUUCCACCCACACCUUCUGGCCCAUCCAUCAUGGAAACAUAACCACCAGGACUAAUGAAACCAUUUCACCACCCACUUGGCUCCCUUCU